UUGGCAACAUGAUGUACAUUUGUAUCUUAUGUUUCUUGGUUUAUGGAUGGCCAUUAGUUGCCUCAGAAUGCCAACUUGGAUGGAUACAGUUUGGAAACAAGUGUUACUUCUUUAGUUCUGAUUCAAGAACCUGGGUUGCAGCAUCGUCCGUGUGUAGAGCACACUCAGCUGAAUUGGUAAUCAUCGAUACAGAACAGGAAAAUGCAUUCAUUGCUGCAGAAAUUUCCAAACUGACAGGCGAAUUCUGGUUGGACGGAACUGACCAAUUUUUGGAGGGUAAAUGGGAGUGGGCAUCAACAGCACAGCCGUUCUCGUACUCAAACUGGUAUCCAGGAGAACCAAACGAUAGAAAUGGAGAAGACUGCCUUAUAACAAACGACUUUCAUAAUAGUUACUGGACUGAUGUAGCUUGCACUCGACUUCAAACAUAUAUCUGUGAAAGAAGGUAA